AUGAAUAGUGGUUUAGAUUUAAAGGCCAGCAAAAACAAUUUUGUAACAAUUUCACCUGGAGCAACUGAUAUCCUAUUUUCAUUGGCUUGUUAUUUCAGGCUAUUCGCGACAAAAUGCACAAGAUGCGGCAUAGCCCUUCAACCCAAUGACUUUGUAUUUCGAUGUUUAAGCAGCAUUUAUCAUGCGAAUUGUUUUUCUUGUAUAUACUGUAGUCAUUUAUUGAAAAAAGGAGACCAGUAUUUGAUAAUCAAUGGUCAGAUUAUAUGCCGUAACGAUUAUGAGAUAUUUCUCUGCAAUCAAGCCUUGCAUCCAGGUUUUACUUUAUUAAGCCAUCAUACCAUAUAUUUUAAUGUGGAACAAAAUGAAAUGGGUCGAAAAACGCCAAAACGGCCAAGGACAAUUUUGAAUACUCAACAGAGAAGGGCUUUUAAGGUUGCCUUCGAGAAAAGUGCGAAACCGUGCAGGAAGAUUCGAGAGCAAUUGGCGAAGGAAACAGGCCUAAGCGUUCGAGUUGUUCAGAUGAAAAAAAUAUUACGAAAGCAAGAGAUGACAAGAGUGAAUGGUACUGUUCCACCAGAAAGUGAUGCAAAAUCUAUCGAUGAUUCGAAAUCUAACUUGGAUUCAGACGAUGAUCUGGAAUCGAUUGAUGAAAUAGAAAAUGAAAAUAGUAGUAACGAGGAAAAACUGAAGGAAUUGACAAAUCCAAUAGAUAAACUAUACAAUAUGCAGGCGACUUAUUUUGAUUUCACUUAA